GAUGUAUUGAGAUAUUCUAUUGUAUCUAAUGAUGUAAAUGUAGUUAAUACAUUCUAUAUCAACCCUGUAGAUGGUCUUAUAUAUCUUAAACAAUCAAUUGUUAAUACACCUGUCACAUUCUACAAUUUUACUGUACAAGCAUCAGAUCAGCGUCCUGUUAGGGGAAAAACAGCAGUUGCAAGAGUAUAUAUCUACGUUAACCUUGAUUCUAAGCCUAUAUUUAUAAACGCACCUUACAGAAGAACAAUUGAAGAAAGUGAUCCCCUUACUACCAGCAUCAUAACAACUCAAGCAACUGACCAAGACUUACUUGGCCAAAUGGUAUAUAAAAUAGUUGGUAACUAUCCUGGAGAUCAGUAUUUUGCCAUCAAUAAUGUCACUGGUGUUAUAUCAAUGAUAAAUUCAGUUAGAAAUGAGCCUGGUCAACUCGGAUCAUACACUCUGUUCCUAGAAGCAUAUGAUAGUGUUUAUCCCAACAGAAAAGCUGAUACAAGUGCCAUAGUCUACGUCACACGUGAUCCUAAUGCUCCUGUUUUCCUUGAUACAAGCUAUGUGAUAAGUAUCAUCGAAUCAGUUGAUAUUGAUACCGAACUUCUAAAUAUAACAGCUACUGAUGCCGAUGGGGAUGUGGUCAGAUAUCGCAUUAUCAACUCUCAACCAGCCGGCGGAAACAACUAUUUCUAUCUUGAUCCAGAUACCGGUAUGAUGAAAACUAGAGCAGUUCUUACUGGCGCUCCUAGUAAUACAUAUUCAUUUACUGUACAGGCCUACACUAACAGAGAUAAAUCAAGUAACAUUGGUGUUACCAUCAAUAUACAACGUAUACCAUCAGAUAUACGACCAAGAUUCACCAAUAUUAACUUCGCUCGAACGAUACCAUAUACACAGUCUGUCAGUUCAUCUAUCUUUAAACUUACAGCUGUCGAUGACGACUUAAAGGGUGCAAUUCAAUAUGAAGUCAUUGGCUUUGUUCCUGCAACAAAUUUCUUCAACGUAAAUCCAACAUCCGGAGAUAUUACAGUUACACGGAACUUAUCAACAGACACAAACAGCGGUGUAACGUAUGUGUUACGUGUUGAUGCUUAUGAUACCAACAACCCAAAUCUAAGGGCUACAGAAACAGUUACCAUCACAGUCAAUAGAAAUCCUAAUGGCCCCGUCUUCCAGCCAACUUCUUACGCUAAAAGCAUUCCUGAAACUUAUGCAGUUACAAGAAGUAUAUUGCAAGUUAUAGCAACUGAUGCCGAUAGGGAUACUGUGCAAUUUUAUAUCAGUAAUGAUGCAAGUGGCAUCGAAGCCCAAAAAUAUUUCCUCAUUGAUGGUCUGACAGGCAUAGUUUAUGUCCGCGAUGAUCUGACCAAAGCUCCUCAAAACAAUUAUCUUUUCAACGUGAUAGCUUAUGAUAACAGAUCACCACAGAAAAGGAGUCAAGCCUCAGUAUCUAUCACGAUACAACGUGAUGGUGGAAGCCCAUUCUUUACACCGUCAGCUAUCACUGUCACAAUACCUGACACUAUGUCUGUUAAUACAAAUAUUCGACAAAUAACAGCCACAGAUAACGAUCGACAGGGUGACAUCAGAUAUAGAGCUGUAGGAAACGGCUUGGCCAUGGCUUACUUUGGAGUAAAUGAUGUGACAGGAAAUAUAUUUGUCAAAUCACCACUCUUAGAUACUACUGUAGAACGAUUUGAUUUAAGAAUAGCUGCCUACGACACAGAAUUCCCCAAUAAUUAUGGUUAUAUCAAUGUAACUAUUGUUGUAACACGUAAUCAAGGUGUUCCAGUAUUUGACAGACCAUCAUAUUCUGCAUCAGUAUAUGAAUAUAGACCAGUUGGUAAUCAAGUAUUAACAGUUGUAGCUACCGAUAGUGAUGGGGAUGCAGUGCGCUACAGUUUAGAUGGAGGACCUGAUGAUAAUGAAUUUUUCUAUAUUGAUCCAGUAUCUGGUAUUAUUUACCAUAAAAAGACAUUUAAUGCAAAUGUUCAAAAUGAAUAUAGAUUUAACGUUGUCGCUACUGAUCAGAGAUUUCCCUUCAAUAGAGUUACAGCCCCUGUUGUUAUUACUAUUACACCUGAUCAGGCUCCAAUCUUUCAAACAAUGAGUGGUUUCAAUUUAAAUGAAAGUCUGAUAAAUGGAAAUUCAGUAGGAAGAGUUCAAGCAAAUGAUACUGAUUUACUGGGAAGUAUAGUUUAUGAAGUUGUUGGUAAUACCCCAGCUCCAAGCUUCUUUACUGUUGAUCCAAGUACUGGUGCCAUCACUGUCAGAGGAAACUUGAGACAAGCAGGACAACGAAACAUGAUGUUACGAAUUGCAGCCUAUGAUUCCGCAGUACCAACAAAGAAGACAUUCUAUGAUAUUCCAAUCAAUAUUAGAAUUAACUCUGGAAUACCAGUAUUUGGACAAUCACCGUACCGUGUUACUAUAGAUGAAAGAAGUCCACUUGGAUUUUUGGUUGAAAGUGUCGUAGCUACUGACCCAGAUGGAGAUUCAUUAACCUAUAGAAUUACUGGUUCUGGUAAUGCUCCACAAUAUUUCUACAUAGAUCCAACCACAGGCCAAGUUUUCUUAAAGAAAUCUGUCUUUAACAUCGUCGAAAACCAAUUCACUUUGAAUAUCGUAGCCACAGACAGACCAUUGUUAACACAAACUGGUAGUGUUGACUUGAUAGUCACUAUAACUAAAGAUCAAACUCCACCUCGAUUUACUAGUGGAAACUGUCAACCAUCUAUUGUGGAGAAGAGACCUAUUGGAUCAACUUUUGCUACAGUUGCUGCAACAGAUGACGACAACCAGGGUGCAAUUGUGUAUGGAAUAACAGGAAUUUAUCCAGCUCAGAGUUUCUUUGAUAUUAAUAAUUCCACUGGUCAAAUCUUCAUCAAGGAGGAUUUGAAAAACGAUGGACUUGCUAGACCACAAUAUCUGUUACGAGUCAUAGCCUACAGCAUUAAUGUACCUGAUAGAACGGCUGAAAUUAUUUGUACUAUUAAUGUACUUCGUAAUGAAUUUACACCAGCAUUUAAUCCAAAGACCUAUAAUCCCAGAAUACUGGAAACUCAUCCAUUUGCUGUAGCAGUUGAAAAUAUAACAGCCACAGAUGGUGAUGGGGAUAGUAUCACCUAUUCUUUGGUUCGAGAUAGAAAUGGUGGAGAUGGAUUAAAUUAUUUCUACAUCGAUCCACAGACUGGAAGCAUCUACCUUAAACAACCUGUACUUGGCAUCAAUAGAAAUAUUAUCUCUUUGGAAGCUGUUGUUACUGACAGUGGCCGACCAUCUAAACAAGAUACAGCUAUCAUUAAUAUCAAUAUAGACAAGAUUGUACCUCCAUCCUUUAACUUGCCAUCACCUCAGAGAACAACUCUACGUGAAGAUGUUCCUAUUGGUUCCAGCGUCUUUGAUUUGACGGCCACAAAAACAGGAGCUCAGAGUGAUGUACGCUACAGAAUUGUAGGAUUGGACACCGCCCCAAUUUACUUUGCUAUUGAUCCAAUAACUGGUAGAAUAACUAAUACUAAGGAUUUGCGUCUUGGAAGAGAAUUGACAUAUACAUUACGAGUUGAAGCCUAUGAUGUCAACUAUCCACAAUUUACCAGUCAAUCCGAUCUUAUCAUCAACAUGAACAGGAAUUUCUACGCACCAGUGUUUUCUGGUCAACCCUACGUAGCUAACAUUGGUGAUGAUCAUCAAGCUAACAAUCCAGUUAUACAAAUAAAUGCAACAGAUAAUGAUGGGGACAAAUUAACUUAUUCACUGGUUAAUUCGAAUGGCUGUAGAGAUAUAUUCUAUAUAGCAUCAGAUACUGGUAUUAUGUAUGUUACUAAAGAUCUGCGAACAUUUACUGGAACUGCUUACGAUUGUACUGUAAGUGUUACUGAUAAUGGUUAUCCUACACCUAAAGUUGUACAAGCACCAGUCAGAAUCAAUGUAGAAAGACAACCAGCACCAUCCUUCACACUAACAACUUAUACUGGUUCAACUCAAGAAGGUAGUCCAGUAGGGACAUUAAUUACAACAGUUACAGCUACAAAGACACCGCUCAUUGGACGAAUAAAUUAUGAGAUUAUUGGCACUUAUCCAGCUCCUAGCUUUUUUGAAAUCAAUAAUUCUACAGGUCGAAUAACAAUUUCCCGUAAUCUUGGAGAAGAUCCUUUAAGAUUAGAAAAGUAUCAAUUGGUUGUUGUUGCCACGGAUACAGGUAAACCAGGUUUAUCCGCAACUUCAACAGUUGAUAUAACGGUUGGUAGAAACAGAGAUGGACCUGUUAUUACUCCACCUAUUGCUGUUAUUGACCUGCCAGAAGCUACUAACCCUAACUUCUGGUUUUAUAAAGUUAAUGUGACAGAUCCCGAUAGCAGGACUGUAACAUGCUCAAUUAGUGGAUCUCCUAAAAGCCAGGAAUUCUUUGCCAUUAAUCCAACAACAUGUUUGAUAUCUUUGAGAAAACCAUUAUCUCAAGACACUGAUAAUACUCUAGAAUAUACAAUAAAUGUAGUUGCUACUGACGAUGGAAGUCCACCUAAAGUUGGUACUGGUAUUGUAAGGGUUCGAGUAUCUCGCGAUAACUCUAAUCCUUCUUUCAUUGGUUUACCUGCAAAUGUGGAUAUAAAAGAAUCAGUUUCACCAAAUACUAAUGUCUAUACUGUCCAAGGUACUGAUGCAGAUUUAAAGGGUAAUUUGGUAUAUGAACUUGUUGGUGAUUUCCCAUGUCAAACAUUCUUCCAAAUUGAUAGAAACUCAGGUGUGAUCAGAGUAAGGAACAGUCCUAAAUCUGAUAGUCUUCAGACAUUAUCUUAUACUUGUCGAGUUCAGAUUUAUGAUGAUGCCUGGCCUAAUAACAAACAACAAGGCGUUGUUACCAUCAAUGUUGAAAGAAACGAAGGAACACCUAUAUUCGUAGGCUCACCAUAUAGUGUGAGUAUCGCAGAUACUCGUCCUCCAGGAGAUUUGGUUCUUGCAGUAGCAGCAACAGAUUCAGAUGGGGAUAGAUUAAGAUAUACACAUCUAGGUACAAAUACAGAUAAAGAAUUCUUCUAUCUCAAUCCCAAUACUGGAGAAAUUGUUGUAGCUAAAGAUUUGACAGAAACCACCGCCACUCGCUUCCAGUUUAAUGUAGAAGUUACUGAUGAUAGAACACCAGAAAAGAAGAGUACAGCGGUUGUUACUAUCAAUGUUAGCCAUAAUAGUGGACCACCAAGAUUUAUUGGAGCACCAUACUCUCAGACAUUACCUAUAUCAACUGAUGCAAAUGUACAAGUUGUAAGAGCUCAAGCUACAGAUCCAGAUUUGCAGGGAAGUCUGCAAUUUCGUCUUGUUGGAUUUGGUCAAGCUGACUCCUAUUUCCAAAUAAACGCACAAACUGGUCAAAUUACAACUAGACAACAACUUCGAUUAAAUACCCAACAGUUUGUAACAUACACAAUGUUGGUUGAAGUAUUUGAUACUGCCAGACCAAAUGAAAUAGCUACCACUUCAGUUGUCGUCACUAUUAACAGAAACGAGAAAUCACCAGUUUUCACCAGUCCAUCGUAUACUGCAACUAUCAAUGAUUACGAUGGACCAGGAACCUCCGUCAUUACUGUUACAGCUACCGAUGACGAUUUAUUUGCACCCGAGAAAUCUGUUAUUUACUCUUUUGGUCCAAGUCGAAAUGCUCUGGAUUAUUUCCAAAUUGAUCCUUUAACUGGUUUGAUAUCAGUAAAACAGAGACCGUCUGCUGAUACAGCUAGACCUGGUCAAUACGAAUUAAUUGUUGUGGCUACAGAUUCUGGUACUAACCAAAAUAGUGCUACCUCCACCGUUACAAUCACUGUAAGACGUAAUAAUGCCCCAGUUAUAGACAGGACAUCUCGUCUUGAUACAACUGUAUCAGAAAACGUCGAUGUUUUUAGCAAUAUUAUUACCGUUGUUGCUAGUGAUCAAGACCUUGCUAGCACACUGAAUGGCCAGGUAGAAUACAGACUCGGCAGUGCUGAUGCAAUGAGAAUUUUCCAGAUUGAUACUCAAUCAGGCUCCAUUUCAUCUCGAAUUGGCCUUCAAACUGUUACACAAGAAAGAUGGCUGUUUGAAGUGAUAGCAUAUGAUAAAGGUAUACCAUCAUUAUCGGACACGGCUACCGCUACUAUUACCAUAGCACGUACUGGUAAACUGAACUUCGUACCAUCAGAAUAUAGUAGCACACAACCUGAAAACCUACCACUUGGAUCUCCUAUUAUUACUCUACAAGUGGCAGAUCCUGUACUAGGAAGUCGGGUGAAAUAUGAAAUCCGUGGAGAUUCAGCAGCACCUGAAUAUUUCAUUAUAGAUGAAGAUACUGGAGUUCUGACAAUUAACAAAUCUUUUACUGAAGAUCCCAAUAAAGUUGGAAUAUACACUGUUCGUGUAGCUGCAUACAGAGAAAGUGAUCCAAAUGAGUUUGCUAUUGCUUUAGUACGAGUUACUGUUAUCCGUAAUCCUAAUUCUCCCGUAUUUGGACAUGGCAAUCUGUUCUUUACUCUAUCAGAAAACUUCCCACUUGGACAACAGUUUGGUGAUGUCAAUGCCACAGAUGCUGACACUGACAUGACGGGAAGUGGUUUGAUUGUGUAUUCCAUUGAUAGAUUACAAUCAACACCAAAUUAUGUCUCUGAUUAUUUCUUUGUCAAUCCAUCAACUGGUCAAUUAUCUGUCAUCACUAGAUUAAGUAACGAUCCUAACCAAAAUACAUAUUUAUUUAAUGUAAUUGCUCAAGAUCGUGGUACACCAAGAAGACAGAGUAGUAUUAGUGUUACAGUUAAUGUAACUAGAAACUCUAAUCCUCCGCGAUUCAAUCCAAGCAUUUAUGACGUUACUAUAAACGAAACACAUAGUGUGGGUGACAAAAUUGUUGAUGUAUUUGCCACAGACGCUGAUCCUAAUGAUGUAGUUUCAUACUCUUUGAUAGAAGGACCUACCGAUGCCCUGUAUUUCCGAUUUAGAGCCAGCACCAACACUAUAGAACUAGCACAGAGUGUAGAGCGAGAUAAUAAUCUUCAAUACCAGUUCCGAGUGAGGGCUACUGACAAUGUUAGUGUAUCACCUCGAACUGGAACAGCUCUAGUUAGAGUGACAGUUGUCCGAAAUCCUAAUGCUCCAGAAUUUGGUCAGAGUAACUAUAAUGUAACUAUAUCUGAAUAUGAGGCGGUACGAAAUAUUAUCGCUAGAAUCCCAGCAACAGAUAAAGAUAGUAUUAAUAGUUUAAGUGGUCAGAUAAGAUACAGUAUUACAUCCGUUACUCCCAACAAUGGUUUAGGAUAUUUUGUUAUAACUCCAAAUACUGGUGAUAUUAUCUUAUCACAACAGUUAACUAGAUCAGGUGUUCCUGAUAGAUUUGAGCUGAGAAUAUUGGCACGGGAUAUGGCAGCUUCACCAAAAUCGGCAACAACUACUCUGACUAUAAAUGUUGUUAGAAAUCGCUUUGCUCCUGUGUUUAGUAUUGCUGAUAAUAAUGGUGUUGUAUCCCAAAAUUCACCAGUUUACACGACUAUCCUCAGGGCAAAUGCCACGGAUGAGGAUAUGAAUGACAUUUAUAACCGAGGUACACCUAAUGCUCAGAUAAAGUACAGUAUUGUAGAUAAUACCCAGCCAGGCAGUCAAUAUUUUGGUGUUUAUAAUGAUGGAACAGUGUAUGUUAGACAAAGUCUAUUUAAUGAAGAUUCUGACUUACAAACACUUCCUUUCACUCUCAGAGCAUCAGAUAGUGGCUGGAAUUAUAAAUCUACCGACAUUCAAGUUGAAAUAAAACUCACUAAAGCAACUUUAACUGAAGGAGAUUUAGGUUUUAUUCAACCAGUUUACUACAUUGAACAGAAAGAAAAUACAGCUAUAGGAACUACAAUACAAGACUUGAAUGUAGAAAAUCAAGGCUCUGAAAUAGUUCGGUGUACAUUUAUAAGUGGAAAUGAAGGAACUGUAUUUACUGUCGAUACUGACACAGACAAAAAGAACUGUUUCUUGAAACUUCAAAAAGAAUUAGAUUAUGAAGUGAAAAAUCUAUACAAUAUGACAUUGUUAGUAGAAAAGGAUGUUUUCAGUGGUAGAAAGAAGAGACAAACAGAAAAUAUCAUUUACAAUACAUGGCGAUAUACUACAGUAAUUGUAGCUGUAUUAGAUGUUAAUGAUAAUGAUCCAAUAUUCAUUUUCCCUGUCUACCCAGAUGGAACAACACCAAAUUUGUACAUCACAGCUAUUCCAGCAACAUCUAAACCUAAUGAAAUCGUUACCACAACCUCGGCUACAGAUGCAGAUUCGGGACGAAAUGCUGAAAUUGAAUACCAAAUGGAUCCCGACAAUACACAGACUCCACCAUUUACUAUAAAUCCAGUAGAGGGCACUAUAACUACUACUAUCGAAUUUGAAAUAACGCCAGAACACACUCACCAAAAUAACUUUAAUAUUAUAGCAAGAGAUAAUCCUGUUGAUGGACAAGACCGAGUAGCUAAAGCUUCAGUAGUUGUGAAUUUUAUUGAACAAUACAAUCGUUUUAUACUAGUCUUAAAGGACAGAGAAGCUAAAGAUGUUUUACCUCAAAGAGAAACAAUAAGACAAAUGCUUCAAGACACAUUUGGACGAGUAUGUUUAAUUGAACGAGUGGAGGGAAAACGUGUGCUACAGGAAACUAAUAAUCUUGUCGUAGAAAUGGCAUCGACUGAUGUGACGUUUGUAUUGGCUGAAAUAAAUGGUGAACAUCGACUAUUAAAUAACACCAAUCCAGCACACACAGGAUUAGUUUUAGGUAAAGAAGGUGUACUAGGAUCUAAGAUUACAGCAGUAACGGCAAUAGAAGUUGAAAGAGUGAGAGUACCCUAUGCACAAGCCGUUUUACUAAGAGGCAUGGUUACCAAAUCUUAUAUAUGGUGGAUGGAUGAUCCAUGGGCAGCAUUAAUUGCUCUGGCUGCCAUUAUUAUUCUACUCAGCAUAGUAGGAAUAAUUGUAAUAGUCUUCACAUAUUCUAGAUACGUUAAAUUCAUCAAUCAAAUUUGUUAA